AUUAUCGCCCUUCCUUAUGUUAUUUAUUAGAUUUAGAUUUUAUAUCUAGCAAAUUUUUAGAUUGUCUUGUUCUUUUCUUUACUUUACCACAGAUCUAUAGAUCUAUUAGAUUCUAGACCUUCUAGAUUUAAUGUUUUUUCCAUUUUUCAAAAGCCAGGAUCUUUCAUCAUUAUAAAACCAGUAGCUCUAAACUAGAUCUAAAUGUCUAGCAUUGAUGAAUCACUUCGGGCACUUGAAGGCUUGAUGAAUGAAUUUUUUGCAGCUUCUACUGACAAUGAAAGGAAAAGAGAAAUAGAGUCCAUAUUAAACAACUUUACCCAGAUGUCCAAUGCCUGGGAAAUGUGCUUGUAUUUCAUGGGGCAUUCUCACAAUGAGUAUGUCAUGAUGUUUUGUUUAAAUGUCCAGGAGACUAUGAUCAGUCACAAGUGGACAAGCCUUGCUGCCAAUGAUAAGAUGGAAAUAAGGACAUGUCUGACACAGUCUUUGUUAAAUCAACAUUCAUCCCUUCCUUCUUACAUCAGAAACAAGCUAGCCAAACUGGUAGUUGACAUUGGACGAAAUGACUGGCCACAUUUCUAUCCAGAUUUCUUCUCAAAUAUUUUACAAUUAGCCCAGCAGCCAGACACUACGCUGCUUGGUGUGAUUCUACUUCAGACAGCAUCAGAAGAACUGGCGGCUCCUCGUGACGACCUCAGCAUGGCCAGGAAAGAUGAACUCCAUCGUUUAUUGCUACUGCAAGUCCCUUCCAUUCUAAAUAUUUUAAAUAAUAUAUUGGAAUCGAUGUUAGAAAAGCAUCGCCAUCUAGUGGCGGCCACACCACCGCCAUCCCCUACCUCAGGAGAAGGUAGAUCCUCUAGACAAGCUAGCAGUCAGUUAUUUUCAACCUCACCCAUAGCCAACGCUAAUUUUGUAUCGCUCUUACUUGGAAGUCCCAACAGAGGUCCACAGAUGGAAGCAUUGCCUCCCCUUGACCCCGCGUCGCAGCAACUGUGCUACACCACAUUAACUUGCCUUGCUCAUUAUCUCUGCUGGGUCCCACUGUCCACUGUGGUCAGACCUCAGCUGCUUUCCACCAUCUUCCACUUUGCUGCAUUCGGCUGCCAGUCUAGACCAGAUGGGAAUGAAUCUAGUCCUAGCUCCAGAAGUACAUCCUUUAGUAGCAGUACCCAUAAAUUAGGUGUCUUGGCCAUGAAUUGUAUCAAUGAAAUCCUGAGCAAGAACUGUGUCCCUCUGGAGUUUGAAGAUUUCUUGCUUCAAAUGUUCCAGCAAACGUUUAACUUACUUCAGAAGAUCACCAAAGAGAGUAACACCAACUCCUCUGGAAACAGGCUGGAAGAACUGGAUGAAGUCUAUGUUGACAAGUUUACAGAUUUCCUGGGGCUGUUUGUUAGUGUACACUUGAGAAGAUUUGAAUCCAACCCUCAGUUUCCUGUGUUAGAGUUUUUGUCAUUGUUAUUUAAAUACACCUUCAGACAGCCAAGUACAGAUGGAUACUUUAGUUGUCUAGAUAUCUGGAUUACAUUCCUUGACUAUUUGAAUAACAAACUGGAAACUAGAUCUGUCACCAAGGAGGAUGUUUCAACAAGAUUUAAAGCAUCUGUUUUUUAUGUUUGGUACAAAGAAGCUUUGAUUUCAUUGAUCUCCAGCAUUUUACAAAAGUUUCAGUUUCGAUACAAUCAGUCACAGUUGGAGGAACUGGACGAUGACACGCUGGAUGACGACGAGGAGACUGAGUGGCAACAUUACUUAAGGCAGAACCUGGAAGUUGUAGCAAAAGUGGCAGAGUUACUUACCCCUGAAGUCUUUCAGCUAGUUUGGGAACCUUUCCAAGAUUAUGUUGAGACUUACCUGGGCAUUGAGAAGUUUGUGGACAGUUCCAGUUUCAAAAGGAGGCUGUGUGUCUCUGCAGAGAAUGACUGCAGACGUCUGCACUGUACCCUGAGGGACCUGUCAUCUCUCCUGCAAGCACUAGGAAGACUGGCAGUGCAUUUCAUAGGGGAGCAGUUUGUCUCCAGGUUCUCCAACGCCAUGCAGAUUGUCUCAAGACUUGCUCAAGUUGCUUCCUAUGGAAGUAGGAUCAAAUUCUUUGAAGUGACAACAUCUGCUGGAGUUUUACAGCAAGAUUUUAUAGAAGUCCAUGCUCAGUCACUGGCAGCCAUCAAAGCAUACACUCAUUGGAUGUCAGAGUUUUAUGUGGAGAGCUUACGAGUCAACCAGCAGAAAGAAGAAUUUAAUUCUCUGUUGCUGACUGUUGUACAUUCCAUUACUCCACUCAUUAACAAAGAGGUUCCAGACAAGGUCAUUCAGUCUGCAGUACAUUUGUUACUGUCAGUCACUACAACAGUUAGGCCAGCAUUCCUCCUUCAUGUUGCUCCAGUGGUCCAGCUGUAUGACAUGGCCAGUCAAGGUCAUUGUCAACCUUUACCUCAGGAGAUUCAGAUGUUGCUUUACCGGUCAUUGUCGCAUUAUCUUCUGCUGCCUUGGCCCAAUUUGAGUUCUGCUGAUCAGGAUUGGGAUAACAGAGCUAAUCACCAUAAGACUUUUGUGUCUCAGUUGACUUCAUCUUUUGUUGCUCUCAGUCAAGUACCAGAGUUGGCAAGCAAUAAAAUAGCCCAGGAACAAGCUAAAGAGGUGAUCAAGAAGACGUUGGUGAUAUGUCAAGACUGGGUUGAGUCCCUUGCAGGAGAAGUCGUGAAAUCCAAACAGAUCUGCUGCAUCUCCCUACAGGAAGUCACGCAAACUACUCUCAGUAUUUUCCCCAUUUAUGUCCAGGAUGUGGACAUUGUAGAAAACAUCAUGACCUACUUCCUGGCCAUGUUUCAAGGCCUGCGUGUACAAAUGGGAGUUGCCUUUACUGAAAAGAUUAUUCAUACAUUUAUGAAUGUUUUUUCUAGGGAACUGUUGGCUCAGACCAUACACCAUGAGACAAGUGGAGCCUUUAGAGUUAUUGAGAACUUUUUAAAGAUCUUAGAACUAAUAGUUCAAGAGCCGGGGUCUCAGUUUAAACUUUUUCUGCCUCAGAUCAUCUCAAUAGCCAUGGAUCAGAUCUAUCCACUGGUAGCACCUCGUCCCUCCCCUGACAUGAAGAGUGCCUUGUACCACUUGCUCCAUGAAGUUAUUUCCAACAAUUGGAGAUAUUUCUUUAAGGGCUCAGUGCUGGAUUCCAUCAAGGAGUCUGGUGAUGGCCUAGAAAACAGUGUUCAGUUUAUUGCAGUAUUACAAGCCUAUGGUCAGUCAUUUCUCCAAACUGACAUUAGUUUAUUCAAACAGAAUCUAGAAUCUUUGGAAGCACUUCAUUUUAAAUGGAAAUUAUAUAACAAGAAAAUUUUUAGUGAAGUGAUGAGCCAUCAGUUUCUCAAAGUGUUGAUGCAAGUCUUAAUUCAAAAGUCACAUGACCUGCUGCAGGAGGAAAUUGUCAUCUCCAUCUACAACAUGGCCGCUGUAGACUUUGAUGCUUUCUUCACUGACUUUUUACCUCACUUUCUAGCUUCGAUUGAGGGCAUUGACAAUAGUCAGAAGGCGGUGUUAGCCAAAAAUUUUAAAAUAGAUCGGGACUUGCCGUCCUUCACUCAGUCAGUUCAAAGAUUUGUGAAUGACAUACGCUACUACUGUUUGGUCUCCAGCAGUUUACCUGCAGGCUCUGUGUCCUUGGUAUGAACAAGCCUACCAACAUUUUCCUGUGAUAUUACUUGCCCUUCAUGUGAUGUCUUCAAUCAAGGACCAAUAAUUCCAGUCAGUGUCGACAAGAGACAAGCUUGGCCUGAUUGAAAGUGGUUUUAGAAGACCUUGAUAAUAUUUAUUUUUAAUUUGACACAAGUCAACAUUUGUUUUAGUUUGAAUCUUAUGUUGAAACAAGAAGUCCAAUCAGCAUUUAGAAGCGAAACAAAUCGAUUGCUCAAACAUUUUCCCAUGUUCUCAAUAUGGGAUAUAGGGCCGAGUGGCAUGAAUUGCUUGGUCACCUAACAGGGGGUUGCAGCUCAAAUCCUGACAUUACUUGAAUUGUAAUUUGACUUGAGCUGAGUUGUGUUUGUUGUGCCCGAAGGCGGCUCUGAAACAUUCUCCCAGAUACCCUCACAUAAGAGAUUAGACCAGAGCACAAUGAUGCAAGAUCCUAAACAUUGUCUUAUUGGCAGUAGGUGAUACAAUGUUUGGUACCAGUAAAUAAAGAUAUAUGUAACUGAAGUUUCAAACCUCAGUGUUGUCUCCUGUAAAUAAGCUCUUUGUUUCCAGGCAUUUAAAGACUGUCUUGUUCAACUGCACUGCUCUAUAUUAUUUAGCAUGCUAGUAUUAAAACAAAACUUUUUGUUUCCUCUAAUAAAAAUUGCUGAGCUCUAAUGAUGUGGAUUGCAUUUACUUCCCCUGUUCAGUUUUUAAAUCAGUCCUAUCCAUGUAAUACAUGUCUAUGCUUCUGUGCUUUUUUUUUAAAUCAUGCUAUAUCAAAAUAUCAAACAUGAAUUAUUUUUGUUGUUUAUAUUUUGUUAUUAUUCCUGUUGUAAAUUAUGAAAUAAAUUGAUGGUAAUAUUC